AUGCCUCUCACGGACCCCUUGCGGCGUAAAUCUACAACGGCCACGUUGUUUCUUGAUAGACCCUUCUCUGGCCUGAGCCUUGGUCGUCGGCAAUCGGAGCACGUUGAUGAGGUACGCGGCCCUCUGGGUCUGAACCUGCUAUAUGCGCCCUCCGAGCCCCUCAUCGAUUUCAUCUUCGUACACGGUCUGCGCGGCGGAUCUCGCAAAACAUGGAGUAAGACAGAGGAUAUAAACCACUAUUGGCCACAACAAUGGCUACCUUUGGAGCCGAGGUUCAAGAAUGUCCGGAUACAUUCCUUUGGAUACAACUCAGAUUGGGGGGAGAGGAAAGGUAGCAAUUUGACGGUGCACGACUUUGGGCAGGCGCUUCUAGGGGAGAUCUUGAAUUCACCAGAUCUAUCUGGGCAUGACGAGAACACUGCGAUUGUCCUAGUGGGACAUUCCAUGGGAGGAAUUAUUAUCAAGAAAACACUAUUACUCGCGCGACAAGAUCCUCAUUGCCAAAAGCUCGUGGGUAGAUUCCACAGUAUGUUCUUUCUCGCGACACCACAUAGAGGUGCGGACAGUGCCCAGCUUCUACACAAGCUCCUCAGCGUCACCAGCAACAAAGCAUAUGUUGGAGACCUGGCGCCUGGAUCGAUGAGUACACAGCUCAUCAACGACGAAUUUCGCAACGCCUAUCAAGGAGUGCAACUAUGGUCGUUUUUCGAAACUGUUAGCACCAGCAUGGGAUUGAUCGUCGACAGGGAGUCCGCGGUGAUAGGACUGCCAGGAGAACGGGUACAAUUGUUAAAUGCAGACCAUCGCCACGUCUGUAAGUUUGACACUCGCCUAGACAGUAACUACUGCAGCUUGCGAAAUGCCUUCGUGGCAAGUAUCGAGUCGAUUGAGAAAACGUGGCUGUUAACCAGACGGACUGAGCACCUUUCACAAAUGCAGAUCUUGUCUCAAUAUCUUGGAGUCGCAGAACGCCCUGAAUCUGAGCUCGCAAGAGUGAACCAAAGACAGACGGAGGGCUCUUGCAAGUGGCUCACAGACAAAGAAUCUUUCCAAAAGUGGGUAGGACUGCCAACUUCGCCACGAUUCUUCUGGCUUGAUGGAGAACCAGCGACUGGCAAAUCUACAAUCGCAGGUCAUGUGAUAAAGUUUAUCGAAGAGACCAACGGCGACUGUGCGUUCUUCUUCUUCAAACAUGGAGACAGCACCAAAUCGUCCAUCGCCGUCCUUUUGCGCUCCCUUGCCUGGCAGAUGGCACGGGUGAAUCUAGAUGUGCGACAAGAAUUACUGGCCAUGGCAGAGCAGGGCCAUUUUGUGGACAAAGCAGACGAAGGCUCUGUCUGGAGAAACAUUUUCGCAGCACGCAUAUUACGGCUUGGAUGGCGGCAACCGUGCUAUUGGAUCCUCGAUGCUCUCGAUGAGUGCUCGAAUUAUCAUGCUUUGUUUCCCUUACUGUCAAAGGUAGAGAGACAGCAUCCCCUACGAAUCUUCAUCACCAGCCGGCCCGUAUUGGCUAUUGACAGACUUUUCACCCAAGAAAAACUGGAUCGAAUCGCCGAGACAAUCUCCAUCAGGGAGUCGCUUGAGGACAUUCAUUUGUAUCUUCAAGCCAAUGCACAGUUCUUGCCUGCAGAAGACGAGAUUGAGAGAGAUCGGCUGCUUACCCGAAUCUUGAAUCGGUCAAAUGGCAAUUUUCUGUGGACAUAUCUCGUUUUACAAGAGUUGGCGGACACACUUAACGUCCAACAAGCAUAUGAAGUCUUGGACUCAGUCCCAAAUGGCAUGGAUGGGCUGUAUUCCCGCAUCCUUGAGGCACUGUUGAACAAUCCCCGGAACCGGGAAAUAGCAAAAGCCAUAUUGAAAUGGACUGUUUGCUCAAGUCGACCUCUGACGAUCGACGAGCUCAAAGAAGCCUUGAGGCUUGAUAUCAACGUCACUUUACCUCGCCUAGAAUUGACUCUCGGGUCAGUCACGGGAAACCUUGUAUAUGUUGAUGGUGACAACAAAGCUCAACUGGCUCACCAGACUGUGCGAUCAUUUCUCACCCGUGAUCACACUCACGGCCUACUUACCAACGACUUUUCUAUCAUUCGGUCUCGUGAUCAUCUGAACAUCGGCCGAGUCUGUUUGGACUAUCUCCGCGGGUCAGAGCUCAAGGUGGCAAGGUAUCGUCGUGGCACCAGCAGUUCCCGCACGGUCAAGCGUUCGGCUUUUGCAGAAUACGCAGUGCAACACUUCUCCGAUCACAUUGCUAAGUCACACUCCGACGAUGCGAAGAUCCUCGGCGAUAUCCAAGCCUUCCUCUCCUUGAACUCCUUGACCUGGAUUGAGAUCGUUGCGACCACCAAUGACCUGACACCAAUUGUACAAGCUGCCAAAAAUUUGAAGGCUUAUUUGGACCGACGCGCAAAGUAUCAAGCACCGAUUGGGCAGGCAAUACAAGAUGUCACAGCAUGGGCUGUGGAUCUUAGCCGCCUUGUAGCCUCUUUUGGCAAGCCAUUGAUGACGAAUCCAGGAGCAAUCCAUUUUCUGCUUCCGCCAGUAUGUCCGUCUACUUCCAUUAUAUACCGAUCCUUCGCGGAUUAUCCAAGGCCGAUGCGGGUCUUGGGACUGUCUGAGGACGAGUGGGACGAUCGACUGUCAUGCAUUGUCAACCCUGGACAACAGGCACUCUCGGUCACUUGUGAGGACAUCGCGUUUGCAGUCGGCUUCUCUGAUGGGACCGCCCAUAUUUAUGACACUUCUACAAUGCAAGAAAAGCAUGUAUUCAACCAUCGAGAUCAAGUUCGCUUUGUUGCAUUCUCGACCACAGAUCAAUAUUUGGCAACAGCAAGCCGGAAGAAAAUUAGCUUAUGGAAUUGUACAACAAUGGUUCUGACAUGGGAAGUCAAGCUCAACGAUCCUCUGUUGACCAUGUGUUUCAACGAAGACAACAGUCUCCUCAUGGGUGCAACAAGAUCCAAUUCGCUGUUGUUUUGGAACUCGGCUACUGGAGAGCUGGUCAACAGCUUCCAGUUCUCCGACAUUGAUGAGUCGACCGGAAGAGAACAUUGGCAUGCCAGAGCUCCCACACAUGCAACCUUCUCGCCAGGCCUCAAUCUCCUUGCAGUUGUAUAUCGACAACGACCAAUUGUUCUCUGGGACCUCGAAGAUUGUUCAUACGUCGGUCAGUAUAAUAAAGACACCAAUGUAUAUCCAGGACCUCUCUGUUUUGCUCUCAUCUUCAACCCGAAAGCAGAAGUUCAGCUCGUAGCCGCAGCAUACGACGACGGAGAGAUUGUGGCGUUCGAUCCCUGGACCCAACGGAGACGCGCCAGUGUCAACGCAGACACUGCAGUAAUGCAAGGUAGUAGAGACGGCACCAUUUUGGUCAGUGGUGAUGGCAAUGGCAAGAUCACUCUGUACGACUUUGAGACUCUCAAGGUACUGUACAACAUCAACUCCUAUGAGUUAGGGAUCAGAAAUUUUGCUUUCAGCAACGAUGGUCUUCGAUUCUUCGAUGUAAGAGGUGAUCACUGCAACAUCUGGGAACCGCCAGUUCUUGUACGUUGGGCUGAGAUGAAUGACGAAUCAAGCAUAGGACCUAGUGAUGAUGCAUCAAUUGCUGCACCUCCUACUGUCAAUGCGAAGACAUAUGACGACGAUAGAGCAAUCACCGCGAUGGCUGCUCCUUACGGCUUUGACGUCAUCAUCUGUGGUCGCGAAGAUGGCUCGGUUGCUGCGUACUCCGCUCUGACGGGCUAUCUGGUACAAGAAUUGGCCAGUCAUGCAAAGAAUAUUGCUGUCAUGUUCCUGCAUCUCAGUCGUUCUGGGGAAAUCCUUGUCAGUGUCGACAGAUCUGGUAGGAUCGUCACUCGCAGACUAGAAAUCCUACGAGGUCCGCGAGUGACGGAAUUUGAAUUCAUGAUGGAUAGGAAAGCUAUCGACGUGGUAGAGCAGAUUCUGGCCAGCGCAGAUGACACGAAAAUCUUGGUGAGUAUGUCGCACAAAGACGAGAUAUGGGAACUUGAGACAGCCAACACUCUUGGUGAGAUCCCAAGAUCAAACGAUCGAGCUCAUUGGCGUUGGAUACAAACAUCCAAGCUGUUAAUGCCAUUGGUUUACUUCUCCAAUGGCACAGCCACCCUGUAUAAUUGGGACCUCUUCGAAGCAAGUCAUCUAGGACCCUCGAUGGACUUAUGUCUUGCAGAAGCGGGCACUACACCAGUAGUAGCAGUCACCUCCUCAGCCAACGCUUCGCAUCUAUGCAUUUUGCUUGCAGGUUCUCGACCUGGACUCGUACCUCCCAUCCUGCGAGUCUGGAACAUGCACGAAAUGCAUGCCGUUUCCAGAGACACUCAAAAGCCAGAUAUCAAGGAAGAGAGCACACGAGAGGCGAUUUCCAAAAAGUUGCCGGCCAACGCCACCUACGAUCAACUCGCCAAAGACAUCAAAUUCGUCAUUGGCGUAUACGAAGAAUCUCUCAUCUUCCUCACCCACCAAGGCUGGAUCUGCUCAUUAAAGUUCACCAGCCCGGGGGAAGAGAACCACUACACCCGCCACUUCUUCAUACCCUUCCGGUACCAGAACAGCGCGAGCUCACUGAUUAUACACGUUUCGUCUAAGGGCAGUAUCAUCGUCGCCUACCGGACCGAGGUAAUCAUAUUCGCUGGAGGUCUAGACUUUGAAGAAAAGAUUGGCUGGAAGGGUGACACGAUUAUUCCCAGGCCCUCCAUGAAGUCUACGCUGGGGAGAGGAAGAUCCGAACCUAUUUCCUACUAA